AUGUCUGCUUCAACGGCCACUACAACCGGUUCCAACACGCCUGCCAACAAAGUCAACGCUUCUGCUACGCUUAGCGAAGACGAAUCCUUCCACAAGAUAGCGGCCGAGGCAGAGGCGAAGCAUGUUGCGAAUGUCGCGACUCAAAAUAGAAAGCUUGAAAUGGUUGAGAAGAAGCUCAAUGAGAAGCUUUCAUCCAAUGGCAAGGCACUAGUUCUCAAGGACAAGCCUACUCGACCUACACAUCGACCCACGAGGAAAAAUCGCAAGCCGCUUUCCCCACCUAGCAAUAAGGAGCACGACACCCGAACAGCUGCAGUGGAUAUCAAAGCUACUAUCAAGGAGAAAAGGCAGCUCGCCAUUUUAUCAACUUCUCGUCCGAGUCUUAACUACGACAGGAUUAUCGAGCAACGCGUGGUCAACGGCGUCGUUGAGCGCAUUACCCAGCCUGACAACUCCCAACACACAUCUGUGGUGAACAAGACACUUCCUAUCUACAGCUACGUAGAUAUUGUCGAGCAGCGCGUAGUCAACAACGUCGCUGAGCGUAUUCCUGAGUCUGCCGAUACGCCUCAAGCUGCCGCCUCUAAUAUCGACACUGACUCAGAUUCGGCUGCUGAGUCUGACAACGAUACAGAAGAACACGUUCCCAAACUGGUACAAGAGUCUUCUACUGCCCACCAAAGUACGGAUUCACUUUUGGAAAGAUCUAGCUCUGUCAAGGCUGCCAGCGCCACCGCAUCAUCCCACGUCUAUGACGAUGUCUCGAUGACCGAUGUCGACAAUGAGGCGCUGCUUCUCAGCUUUGCGAAGGAGGCAGCACUGGCCGCUGCUCCAGUCGAGCUUCCCGUUACUGCAUUCAAGGAUCAAAAGCCUAACAAGGCCAAGGAGAAGGAUGCAAAGGCUUCUGACCUUCUAAAAGAGGUGGCUAUGGUCGAUUUAGAAGUACCUCAGAAGCAGCUCAAGCUCGACACCGCAAGGACCGCUACUGGGAUUGCCGACCCCACCACUCUAGCGGACGAUGGAUAUGUGACGGCGCUUCUGAAAAUGCCAAAUGGCCCUGGCGUAACUAGAAAAUCUCGUAACCUUCAUGAGAAGCAAGUUGCGAUGCACAUCACCCCUUUCGCAUUGCCAGUCACUGCACCAAAGCAAGAUAAGACCCUAAAAGCCAACCAAAAGGUAGUCAAGGUUGGUGGAAAGAAAAUAGUCUCGUGUGAGACGGACGACUCCGAUUUUGUCGCUUCUCUUCUCUCCAAGCCCAACGGCCCAGGCGAGAGGAAAAAGGUUCACGAUCUUCACAACCAUCUUGUCCAAAUGCACGUCCCAUCAUACAAGCUUCCGUUUUCUGCUCAUGGGCAAAAGAAGACUAAAAGGACGAAGUCUGUUGAUACCCCUGUCGCGAAGUUUAUCCAUGGACCUGUUGCUGUCGACGCAUCAGCAGACGACACAGAGCUUAUUGUUGGCGAUUACGCAUCCAAUGUUGCUAAUUUGAAAGCCGAAAAUUCCAUACACGACAAGGGAACUCUCAUCGGCAGCGUCUCCCAAAUUAACCCUUUCCCCAUCAAUAAAGCUAAGGACAAUCUGCAGCAGAUCGACGUUCGGGUUACAGACACCAUCGAGAAGCAAGUCAUUCCUGAUGACACUACCCCAGUAACCCCUCCCACAUCUGAUCUCGACUUCUCCUCCUCUGGCUCAGACUACCCAAAGUCAACCAAGACUUCCCGUCGCUCCUCCUUGGUGCCUGCCGUUGAUUCUAUUCGCCGCAAGGCUGAAAAAGCGCGCACCACCUUCCUUGGGAAAACCUCUUUAGAGAUGUUCGUGAAUAUACUCGACUUCGAGCGUUGCGACGGAACGACCACCAAAGAUGACGUCUGCAAGGCCUUUGCUUCCCUUGCUGGUUGUCCCAUUGCCAGUCUGGAAUCUGUCAAGAUUCAGCGCAAGAUCAAACUAGGCGGCACUUCACUCUAUGGCUUCCUUCAUCAACUCGACUUCGAUGACAAUGACAUCACUCUCAUUGGCAAGGUCAUGAAGACCUUCGAAGAGGCGGCCAAGAAUGAAUUGGUAUCUUCUAAGCUGGACCUUGCUUUAUGGCUUGCGGAAUCGUCUCGGGAUGACGGCAGUCAUCAGGGUCUGCACUCCCAGCAUGCUUCUAAACUCAGCGCGUUCAGACAAAUUAUCGCAUAAGUCACAUCAAUAUUCAUGAUCGGGGUCGAGUGUUAGGCAUCCGCCAUUUAGGAUGCAGUUCUUGAUUGUUUGGUAUUUGCGAAACCUUUUUCCGCU